AUGGAGAGGUUUUUAAAGAGAGCUGCAGUCUGUGCUUUACUUGUGGCCUGCAUCAUGUUAUCGACGAACUCAAGCUGUCUCUUGGCAGAAGCAAGAACUUCCGAUUUCUUAGUUGCUCAAGGAAGUCCAGUUCAUCAACGUCGGAGUUUGCGGCUCGGUCCGGUUCGGCCAGGAUCUCCAAUGCCAAAUGGGCAGCAAUCACAUGUCGCACCAGCUCCACCAGCUAUUCACUGA